AUGGCCCCUUUUGCAGCAUUGUAUGGCAGGAAGUGCCGCUCUCCUUUGAGUUGGGACGAUGUUGGUGAACGGGAGAUUUUUGGGCCAGAGUUGAUUGAGAGAUCAGUUGAUGCAGUCAGGAUCAUUCGGGAGCGAUUUCGCAUAGCACAGGACAGAUUCAAGCAUUGGGCAGAUGCGAAGCAUCGGAAAUUAGAGUUUCAGCCCGGAGAUCAUGUGUUCCUGAAGAUUUCCCCCAACCGAGGCACCAUUCGCUUUGAAAGGCGUGGGAAGUUGAGUCCGCGAUAUGUGGGACCUUUUGAUGUAUUAGAGAGAGUUGGAGAAGUGGCGUACCGACUUGCAUUACCACCCGCCCUGGCUGGAGUGCAUAACGUAUUCCACGUUUCUCGGUUGCGAAAAUACUUUGGAGAUCCGAGUGAUGUCGUAGAUUUCUCAGAGAUUGAGGUGCGAUCCGGUUUGACAUACGAAAAGCAACCUGUGGCGAUUUUAGACCGAAGGGAGAAGACCCUCCGGAAUAAGAUUGUUUCGCUUGUUCGUGUAAUGUGGUACCCAGAUUCUCCUGGAGAGUCGACUUGGGAAACUGAGUCUGAGAUGCGACAGCGAUACCCUCAUUUAUUUCCUGAAUCCUAG